CCCCCCGCCCCCCCAACCUUUUCCUUCUGCUCAUUUCCUCCGCCAUUUCCUCCUCCUCCGUGGUGAUUCCUAGGAUUCUUCUUCGGCGCCUCGAUCGCGGCGUCUCGACCGACCGGGGAGAUCGGUGUUCUAGGAAGAGAUUUGGGGUCUGGUCGACGACUGUGGGAUUUUGCGGUGGAGGAGUGUAACGAGGUCCGCGGGUUCCCCAUCGCCUUGGUGUUCUUUGCCCCAGAUCUGUGGUUUCGGAGGAGAAUUAUCGCCAAAGGCGGCGCUCUUCUACCGUAGCGCUUACGGUGAAUCCGGAGGCGUAAAAGGGGUGCUUUACGCGCCUCCGGCGGGGGUCAAGGGACCAAGCACCUGCGGUUUCAAAAGUGGGACGGAGGCGAAGAGUGGGGAGCGUCGCUCGAGGCGCUUGUACUAGCGUGCCUCGUCACGAGAAGCAAAAAAAAGUCAAAUUUGCAGAGGAGGGGGGCUUGUGUGAGGGUGCAUAUUUUUUGGGGCUGCUUCAGAAUUAACGCGAUAAUCUCGAGGGCUUGUACGAUUAUUUAAGCUGCUUUUGGGGCUUGAAAGUGCAGAGCCGGCUGUUCUUGUUGUUUUUGUCUGUAAAGUUGAGCGUUUACUAUGACUGCGGCUCCACCGAAUAGUUCAUCCACAAGACACGGUUCAGGGCCCAGUCAAGAUGUCUUGUACCCAGAACUAUGGAAAGCCUGUGCAGGACCUUUGGUUACUCUACCUCGUGAAGGAGAAAGGGUUUAUUACUUUCCUCAAGGUCAUAUGGAGCAGCUUGAAGCAUCAACAGAUCAAGAGCUUGACCAGCAAAUGCCCUUGUUUGAUCUGCCAUCAAAAAUCUUAUGCAGGGUAGUUUAUGUUCAACUUCAGGCCGAGCCUGAUACAGAUGAAGUAUAUGCACAUAUUACAUUGCAUCCUGAGAUAAAUCAAGGUGAAGUUACCAGCCCAGAUCCUCCACUGCCUGAGCCUAAAACUUGCAACGUCCGUUCCUUCUGCAAGACACUAACUGCAUCAGACACAAGCACUCAUGGGGGGUUCUCAGUGCUUAGGAAGCAUGCAGAUGAGUGCCUUCCUCCACUGGAUAUGACCCAGAAUCCACCAUCGCAAGAAUUGGUUGCCAAAGAUCUUCAUGAGAAUGAAUGGCGUUUCCGACACAUUUUUCGAGGACAGCCCAGGCGCCAUCUGCUCACAACUGGUUGGAGUGUCUUUGUUAGUUCUAAGCGGUUGGUAGCUGGUGAUGCAUUUAUCUUUCUAAGAGGUGAGAAUGAUGAGCUACGGGUCGGUGUGAGAAGGCUUAUGAGACAGCUAAAUAGCAUGCCAUCGUCAGUCAUAUCCAGUCAUAGCAUGCAUCUUGGAGUUCUGGCUACUGCAUCUCAUGCUAUUGCUACAGGGACUCUUUUUUCUGUUUUUUACAAGCCCAGGACAAGUAGAUCAGAGUUCAUCAUAAGUGUCAACAAGUAUCUUGAAGCCAAGAAUAACAAAUUUUCUGUUGGAAUGAGAUUUAAAAUGAGAUUUGAGGGUGACGAAGCCCCAGAACAAAGGUUUAGUGGUACUAUAAUUGGUGUAGACACCGCAUCAUCUCGUUGGAAAGAUUCAGAAUGGAGAUCCUUGAAGGUCCAAUGGGAUGAACCUUCAUCCAUCCCACGUCCAGACAGAGUUUCACCAUGGGAAUUGGAACCACUUCUUACAGGUACUCCAAACUCUCAACCAGUGCAGAGGAACAAGCGGACACGACCAUUGGCUUCGCCCACUAUAACAUCAGAUAUUACUCCAGCGUUUGGUUUAUGGAAAUCUCCUGCUGAGAGUACCAGGACAUUCUCAGUUUCUGGUUUGCAAAGAGGAACAAAACUACAUACAUCUUCCUGCCCUACAUCUCGGUUCUUAUCAGCAUCUAAGCCUGGCUUGAUUGAAUUUAAUGCAAGCAAUAAAUCAUCAGCUGCUAACAUCCCCAUGUGCCGGCCAAUCACGUCAGAACAUCAAACUGAUUCUUUUGGGGCAGAUAAAGAACAUAGUGAAAGGAAGCAAGAAACUAGUACAGGCUGCUGGCUGUUUGGGAUUCAGCUAGUUGAGAGUUCUGCGGUAGAGGAAAUAUCUCCACUGACUACCAUUUCUUGUGUUAGAGAUGAACAAACAGUGACAUCUUUAGAUGUAGAAUCAGAUCAGCAAUCUCAACCAUCAAAUGUCAAAAGGUCUGACACUCCUGCAGGCAGCAAUGAGCCAGAGAAGUCAUGCUUAAGGUCAGCCCAAGAGUACCAAAGUCGGCUAUUGAGGAGCUGCAUCAAGGUUCACAUGCAAGGAAUGGCAGUUGGGAGGGCAGUGGAUUUGACUAGAUUAUAUGGAUAUGAUGCGCUCCUUCAGAAACUGGAAGAGAUGUUCGAUAUUGAGGGAGAGCUUUCCAGUGUGGUCAAAAAAUGGGAGGUAGUCUACACAGAUGACGAGGAUGACAUGAUGAUGGUUGGUGAUGACCCCUGGCAUGAGUUCUGCAGCAUGGCAAGAAAAAUAUACAUCUACACAUGUGAGGAGGCCAAAAGGCUGACUCCCAGGGUGAAGCUUCCAGCUGUUGGUGAGGUCAUCAGGUCCAAGAAAGCCGCAGCCGAUGCUGACGCGACGGGAAACAACCAGGAAGAUCAAACUUGAGUUGCUGAUUAGGAUUGCUGACUCCAUCUACGAGUAUGAAUCUGCAUAUUUUGUUCUUCGGUAUAGUCUGGCCGUCAGAUUGUAAGCUUAAGUAGACCAUGUUUGUUCUUUUGCCGAAGCUGCUACCAAACUGGUCACACUGUUUCGUGCUGCUAACAUAAGCAACCAAAAAGAUGGAUAGGGAUGGUGCAUCAAUUUAGGGCUCCCAUGUUAUUUUCUGGGUCAUGGUCUUGAUAGCUAGGCUGAUCCUUGCACGAAGAGUCAAAAAUAACUUGUGUAGAAGGGAUAAGGAAUUUGAAUGGAGGUUGAUGGAAGUCGGUCACUAUGUCUUCUGUUGUCUCCUUUUUAUUUUCCUUCCUCACCAUCAAAUGGAAUUUGUAUAUAUUUAAAUCAUUAUGAUACUGCAUUAUUGCUUUUUAUCUGAUUUAUUAAGUUAAAGACUUAAUAUGUAUAUAAAUCAUGUAUCAAUUGAACUAGAAUGUUAAAUUUGUUACUGGUUGUGUUCA